GUUCGGAAAGAAAGAAAUAUUUUUGCAAAUGACUUUAGAACAGUUUGUUGCUACGGUAUCUGUGUAAAUGUUUGGUUAUUCACCACACAUUAUACACUAGAAUAGCAGACAGAUAAAAUUAGAUGCAAAUAAAAUAUUUUGAAAUGUUUAAAGGGGAAAAAAAAAGGCAGAUUUCUGGAACGGGAGGAAUUUCAAAUCCUAAAAGAGAACGGAGGAAAUCACAAAGAAGGCCAGUGCAUGUCAUUGAAACAAAAAAACUCAAACACACCCAAAUGAGUUACCAAAAGCGGAUCUUCCACAGAAAACACUGGGAGCCCUUGGUUUAGAGAAGAUCGCGGUGAUAGGGACAGUCCCAUGUGUGUGGCUAAUGUUACAUGCGCUCCAUUUUUACGUGACCGAAGGGAACAUGCAGAACUCAUGGGGGUCAUUGGCCACAUGGACUACGGUGCCGUGUACUCCUGGCAAAGUAGCAUCUGAGACCAUGGCACGUCCGUUACUCAUUAUAAUCAAUUUAGUAGUCAAGGAAAAUAGUACUUUGGAGGGGAGCCCUCAAAUUGGCUUGAAUUAUCAAAAGUCAUUUACCCCUCUUUGGUGCACUUCAUUUCCUUUCCUUUCUUGUAUGAAUUCGUGAGACAUUUACCGCGUAUACAUACUCUCUCACCACGUUGAUGCUUUUCUGUGCCCGAGGUUAUAAAUAAAGAGUAAGAGAGGUCAAUAAUGUGAUUACAACGAAAACACAUUACUCAAAUCUUGGACGUGGUGCUGCCAGCCUUCUCCUAUUUGGAAAAACACAGCCUUCCUUUCCUCCCUAUAAAUUUCUCACUUCCUCAACAUCUAUUCAUCCAGUUUCUGAAUUUCUCAGAUCUUCGAUUUUGCAUUGCCUCCUGCCCGCUUUAUUAGCUGGUUCACUGCCAACUAACACCUCUCUCCCCGAGUAGGCAGGAGAAAUAAAAGACUCUGGAAUUGACCUGGUCCCCUGUUAGCAACCCUGAUGAAAAGCUCCACCAGAAAGAGUGAAAUCAUAGUAUAAAAUGAAGUUUGGGGGGGGGGGGGAUCCAUGGGGUGUUAUCCUCAGUGACAUUCCUGUUGUCCGUAAUUGAAGGUGACCGUAUGACUAUCGAGAAAAUGGACAAAAUGGAGAGUGCCCCAGGUCAUGAAACGAGUGCGCACCGAGCAGAUUCAGAUGGCAGUGUCCUGCUACCUCAAACGCCGGCAGUAUGUGGACUCCGAUGGUCCCCUAAAGCAAGGACUGCGGCUGUCACAGACUGCUGAGGAGAUGGCAGCCAACCUCACAGUCCAAUCCGAAUCCGGUUGUGCCAACAUCGUGUCCGCAGCCCCUUGCCAGGCAGAGCCCCAGCAAUAUGAAGUACAGUUCGGACGACUACGGAAUUUUCUCACUGAUUCUGAUUCCCAGCAUAGCCACGAAGUGAUGCCUCUCCUCUAUCCUCUCUUUGUCUACCUCCAUCUCAACCUGGUCCAGAACAGUCCUAAGAGCACAGUGGAAAGUUUUUACAGCCGCUUCCAUGGGAUGUUUCUGCAGAACGCUAGCCAGAAGGAUGUCAUUGAGCAGCUACAGACCACUCAAACCAUCCAGGACAUCCUGUCUAACUUCAAGCUUCGAGCAUUCCUAGAUAACAAGUACGUGGUCCGUCUCCAGGAAGACAGCUACAACUACCUGAUCCGCUACCUCCAAAGUGACAACAACACCGCCCUGUGCAAAGUCCUCACCUUGCAUAUCCAUCUUGACGUGCAGCCUGCCAAGAGAACAGAUUACCAGCUCUACGCCAGCGGCGGCUCCUCCCGGAGCGAGGGCAACGGCUUAGAGCCCGCUGACAUGCCCGCCCCUAUCCUGCAGAACGAGGCUGCCCUGGAGGUCUUGCAGGAGAGCAUUAAGCGCGUCAAGGACGGCCCUCCCUCCCUCACCACCAUCUGUUUCUAUGCCUUCUAUAACACAGAGCAGCUGUUGAACACUGCGGAAAUCUCCCCAGACAGCAAGCUGCUUGCUGCGGGGUUUGACAACUCCUGUAUAAAACUGUGGAGUUUACGAUCCAGGAAGUUAAAGUCAGAACCCCAUCAAGUAGACGUGUCCCGCAUCCACUUGGCUUGUGACAUUCUGGAGGAGGAGGAUGAUGAGGAUGAUAAUGCGGGCACAGAGAUGAAGAUACUACGGGGACACUGUGGACCAGUAUACAGCACAAGGUUCCUCGCAGACAGCUCAGGGUUGCUCUCUUGUUCUGAAGACAUGUCCAUUAGGUACUGGGACCUCGGGAGUUUCACCAACACUGUGUUAUACCAAGGACAUGCCUACCCUGUGUGGGACCUGGACAUUAGCCCAUAUAGCCUGUACUUUGCCAGCGGGUCCCAUGACCGCACCGCGAGGCUAUGGUCAUUUGAUCGGACGUACCCGCUGAGGAUAUAUGCCGGGCACCUGGCAGAUGUGGACUGUGUCAAAUUCCACCCUAAUUCGAACUACUUAGCCACAGGCUCGACCGACAAGACUGUCCGGCUGUGGAGUGCCCAACAGGGGAACUCAGUGAGGCUCUUCACCGGCCACCGCGGCCCCGUGCUCUCUCUCGCCUUUUCUCCCAACGGUAAGUACUUGGCCUCGGCCGGCGAGGACCAGCGGCUGAAGCUGUGGGACUUGGCCUCUGGGACCCUUUAUAAAGAACUGAGGGGCCAUACGGACAACAUCACCAGCCUCACCUUCAGUCCGGACAGUAGUCUGAUCGCCUCCGCGUCCAUGGACAACUCGGUGCGCGUCUGGGACAUUAGGAACACGUACUGCAGCGCCCCUGCCGACGGCUCCUCUGGCGAACUCGUGGGCGUGUACACCGGGCAGAUGAGCAAUGUACUGAGCGUGCAGUUCAUGGCCUGCAACCUUCUUCUAGUGACUGGAAUCACACAAGAAAAUCAGGAACUUUUAUUUUUUUUUUUCUUUUUUUUUUUUUUUUUUUUUUUUUUUUUUUAAUCUUUGUUGUAACGGACUGGGGCAGUAGUGGAAAGGCUCCAGGUUGCAAGUCUUAGGACGAAUUGAGAUUGAAUCACUGACUGACUGUGAAAGACUCCCCGCUUCCCCCCCCCCCUUCUCCCAUGCAGACGUCCCGAGCGCGUCACCCCUUCCCUCCCUCCGUCCCCCUGAGGGUCGAAAGACUGGGGGCGGGAGAGGUGCUGUCAUUGGACAUGAGAUGGAGAAUCAAGAGGCUCUGGAGGUCGGAUUGCAAGUUCUUACAAAGAUCCCCCCGCAUCCUCACCCGGGCACCUUCCGGUGUGUGUCUCGCUUUCCCCGCGUGUAAACCCGAGAUGCUGCUUCCCUUGCCACCACCACCGCCGGGUGCUGCGUUGGGCCCUAGGAUGGCCGCAGGGCGCGCUCAGGACAGUGCCCCAGGAUCAUGUGUUCUCGGUCGCCUGGGUGGAAGGGGGCUUUACUGGGGUAGGAAUGAGGGGGUGGGAACUAGGAACGGGGCGGGGAUAAUCCUGGCAAAAAGUCUUUCCUUUCCCGUGAUUACAGAGAACCAGGAUUUUUUUUUAUUAUUAUAAUUAUAAUUAUUAUUAUUAUUGAGAAGAGGAAACCUAGCACUGGCAGAGGGGCUUUCUCUGCUCUCAUCUUUCAGGUUUUACUCCUGGCACUGGCUGUGAUACUUGGAAUCUUGAGGUUCAGGGAAUUCAGAGAAUUUGGUAGCACAGUGUUUUGGGAGAAAGGGAAAAUUUCUGGGGUGACGGACUGAUCACUCCGGCUGACAUGUUUCUCGAAGCGGGCGGU